CAGCUCCCAAAUGGAUAACCCGGCUAUACUUCCGAUCCAACUACAAGCGUCCAACUUGCGCCCCAUCGCGUUCCGAGUCUUAUCCAAGAAACAUGGGUUGAACAUCAAGCUAGACGCGUUGGAGAGGUUAGCCGAGUAUAUUGGGCCCAAGUUCGGGGCCGAGUGGCGAGGCGCGAAGGCGCAGGAGUUUUUGGAAAGCGUGGCAAAGUGCUGGAAGGAGCAGGACAGAGGGAUCUUUGUGGACGGUGAGGGUGUCAGUGUGGUGAUCAAGGAAGUGGCUGACCGUGGCCGCACCAAGACGCAGGAAAAGAACUCAAAGGUGUCACUCGCAGAUUUAAAGGCUGCUAGACUCGAUACAGUUGUGGACGACCCUGACACGAUCGUCGACGGAGGGGUUCCCCCAAAGAAUCUCUCCGACCUGCACGACUGGGCUGACUAUUUCAAGGUAAUUGACGCAUUUGAGCAGCCAAUCUUCCGAUACAACCAUCUCCGCAAGUCGUACGACUUUGUGCCGCAAAUGGCAAACGCCUUCAAACUCAAGAGCCUUAACGUAAAGUCAGGCAUCCACUUGUUUCCCAACCGUCUCUACAUCGUGAAGGACCGCUUAGCGAGAAACCAGACCUUCCAGGCCCCGACCUUUACGUCCCUCACAUCUGUCACCGGCGCUGGGAUUAAGGCCAGUCAUACUAUUUCCUCCAUCAAGAACUUACUCGGCAGACAUGGCCAGCGGUUCUUGUUGAUGGGGUUGCUCACCCGGAACGCCAACGGCAACUGGAGCCUCCAAGACCACAGCGACGCCAUCGAGCUCGACAUUUCCCAGGCUCUUCCUUCUGAAGGCUCGUACUUUGCCCCGGGGGCGAUACUCCUUGCGGAUGGGAUUUACUCCAACACCGGUACCUUCCACGUGUCCACCAUCGGCCAUCCACCGGCCGAGAAGCGAGAAAUUACUCUAGACCACUACGGGAACAUUGACUAUCUCGGAAUCCACAACAUCUUACCCUCGGCUACCUCAAAAAUUGAUAAACCGUUGAAGAAGCGACUCCAGCUCUUGGAGCGCGAGUUGUACAACCACACCAUGCUCUUCUUGGGCGGGGACUGUCACUUGGAUAACCUGAGGGUCAUGGACGGCCUUAAGAAGCUCUUUGCCAAGCUCACCGCCGUAGCCCACGAUGAUGGCGAAGAAAAGCUCCCGAUCGCAAUUGUCUUUAACGGACCGUUUGUCUCGGCACCACUACACGCAACCUACUCCUCAUCCACCAACUCCUCAUCCUCCGCGACUUACAAGGCCUACUUCGACGCCCUCGCCGAGCUCCUCGAGGGAUUUCCGCUCAUCACCCAGCACUGUAGCUUGGUCUUUGUUCCUGGUGAUAACGAUCCGUGGUCCUCAUCGUUCUCCAACGGUGCGGCCGCGCUCUGGCCACAGGCGAAGAUCCCCAAGAUCUUUGGCACCAGGUUGACCCGUGUGGCAAAGACGUGUGUUUGGACGUCCAAUCCGUCUCACGUCAACUAUUUGUCCCAGGAAAUCGUGCUCUGUCGCCAGGAUAUCGGGGCCAAGUUUAGAAGAAACAGCGUCAUGUUUCCGUCUACUCUGCAAGCGGUGGAAGAUGAGGAUUCUCCAAUAGGAACGCAAACAAGUGUUGACGCGGUUACGCUUAGCAUUGAUGCACUCUUAAAGCCCGUAGAGACCGUUCCAGCAGACGUCAAAGAGGCCCGAAAGCUCGUCAGAACCAUUUUGGACCAGGGCCACUUGUCUCCUUUCCCGUUGCACUUGCGGGGAGUGAACUGGGAGUAUGAUCACAUUCUCCAGCUCUCCCCCUUGCCCUCGGUCUUGGUCUUGUGUGAUGUUUCCUCCCCUAAAUUUGACGUCACCUAUGAAGGGUGCCAUGUGUUGAAUCCUGGUACGUUGAUCCACAGAAACAAGCUUACCUACGUUUUAUACACCCCCUCGACAAGAAAGGCUUCGUUUGAGGAGCUUUACUUUUAAAGGUAUACACGGUUAAAAGGGGUAUGUUAAAGCUAAGACACGUAAAGCUCGGUUGUAGCAAAUUCUAUCGGCAUAGGGCUCGGCCCUUAUUCAAUCUCAAUCUCACCGCAUAAUUCAAGCUUUCUGCUGCUAGUACCGAUAAAAAUUUUGUAGAUUCCCGUUUGGAUAACCCAUUGCUGGGAGACUGUGUCCCAGAUACUCAAGUCACGGUGCAACACUUGGAAACUCACCUGUUCGUUGCCACCCGCCUCGAUCAUGACCUUAUCAAAGCCUCUCAACUGUUUUGGAGGGGACGCAAUGUAGGUGCACGGGAACUCGAUGUAGAGCUGAACCGCUACUGCUCCCUUGUACGGUCCGUCGUUCUUGACUUCUGCUUCCACUUCGUAAAGGCACUCCCACAACGCUGGGUUUCCGCCCAAACCGCCC